UCCUCACGCUCCAGCGUCAACGAAAUCAAUGAGAAGAACUGAAAACGAAACCGCUUGUAUAAAAGAGGAGUAAAGGACAGUAGAAAGGUAAAAGAGUAGCAGUAGAAACAGGAUGACUUGACUUGGAAGGGACUCCAAUGUGCUGCUAUUCAACAUGUCUCAAUCAGACAACAUGUUUCAACGUACCUGCUUAGUGGAGAUCGACGACGCCUGUGGUGUCUACGCCUUAUCGGACCCAGGGUUGUUCCUGGUGAGCGGAGGGUGCAGCUGGCCUCUGCCUCCUCAAAUCAAAAAGCGCUCCAGAGCCAGCGCCACCUUCACCAACACCCAGCUGACGGCCUGUGGCUCAGUGGGCGUCUUCACCUACGACCUGGUCCACGAUCAGCACAGAGACUACAACGCCGUGCUGGCCGUCAUGUUCUCGGUGCCCUUUGACUACAACCUCUACAGCAACUGGUGCGGCGCGGGCAUCUUGAACCGCGGCACUGGCUGCGACAACGACCUCUUCGACCUCAUGUACUACGGCUCGGAGAUGGGCUUCGUCCGGGCCAAAGGGGGCGCCGCUGCCCGAACGUUCAAGGGAGAGAUCGUGGAGGUGGCCGUCAACAUCACGGACUCGAGCACGGCGGUUCUGACUGUGGAGGUCAAGGAGCUGGGGAGGUUCUAGGACCGGGGAGAUGGAGGGGGUGGCUCUCCGUCUAACCCCUGUCAUUACGACCGGAUCAUUUAUCAAUAAUCAAUAAUCAAUUGAUCAAUCAUGAAUGUGGAUACAACAAUGUUACUAAAGUUCACUAAAGCCACGAUAAUUAAGUUUAAUGUGUCAUUCUUCCACUCUCACCUUUUAUCCUACUCGGCUGAGUACUUCAGUGUACACUUUCCUUGAUUUACUAUACAGUAUAUGAUAUAAAACUAGUUAUAUAGUGUGCUACCA